CCCGAACCCCUUUCACGGAGGGUACCUUACUCAUUCUCGUGUUUACACGGGACGGACGGAAUAACGCCCUCCACUUUCACUGCAAACGGGGCGAGAGUAGCCGCUGCCUUCAGACCUGUAUCUUUUGAGAAAUUACAUGUAACGGCCCGGGGACCUCACUGCACUGGGCAUGGCCAAGCUUCCAGUGGCUCUUUUGUUAAGAAACUCUGCCUCUAACUCCUGCAGAUACCGUUUUAUAAAUUACAAAUGUUGCCAAGUUGUCUCAUAACCUUCACUAAGUAGGUCAGCCUGUUUAAAAAAAUAAAUAAAUAACUGGAAAGGAAAAGCAAAAAGACGUGAAAGUAAGGCCUUUGGGGUUUUUGUGCCUCUGGAAUCAGCGAGUGGGCCUUGGACUUUGAUGUGUUUGAACGAUGUCUGCUUUGUAGUUGGUUGGACAGUUUGGCAAUUAGAUCAUGGCAACCAUAGAAGAAAUUGCACAUCAAAUUAUUGAACAACAGAUGGGAGAGAUUGUUACAGAGCAGCAAACUGGCCAAAAAAUCCAGAUCGUGACAGCACUUGAUCAUAGUACACAAGGCAAGCAGUUCAUUCUGACAAAUCACGAUGGCUCUACUCCAAGCAAAGUCAUUCUGGCCAGGCAAGAUUCCACUCCGGGGAAAGUUUUCCUCACAACUCCAGAUGCAGCAGGUGUCAACCAGUUAUUUUUUACAACUCCUGAUCUGUCUGCACAACACCUCCAGCUCUUAACAGAUAAUUCUUCUCCAGACCAAGGACCAAAUAAGAUUUUUGAUCUUUGCGUAGUAUGUGGAGACAAAGCAUCAGGACGUCAUUAUGGAGCAGUGACUUGUGAAGGCUGCAAAGGAUUUUUUAAAAGAAGUAUCCGAAAAAAUUUAGUUUACUCAUGUCGAGGAUCAAAGGACUGUAUUAUCAAUAAACACCACCGAAACCGCUGUCAAUAUUGCAGGUUACAGAGAUGUAUUGCGUUUGGAAUGAAACAAGACUCUGUUCAGUGCGAAAGAAAACCCAUUGAAGUAUCACGAGAAAAAUCUUCCAACUGUGCCGCUUCAACAGAAAAAAUCUACAUUCGGAAAGAUCUUCGAAGCCCAUUAGCUGCAACUCCAACUUUUGUAACAGAUAGUGAAACUGCAAGGUCAGCAGGACUGUUAGAUUCAGGAAUGUUUGUGAAUAUUCAUCAGUCUGGAAUAAAACCUGAGUCAACUGUGCUGAUGACACCAGAUAAGGCUGAAUCAUGUCAGGGAGAUUUAAGUACAUUGGCCAGUGUGGUUACAUCAUUAGCAAAUCUUGGAAAAGCUAAAGAUUUUUCUCAAAAUAGUAAUGAAAUGUCUGUGAUUGAAAGCUUAAGCAAUGGUGAUACCUCUUUGUGUGAAUUUAAUCAAGAGAUGCAGACCAAUGGUGAUGUUUCAAGGGCCUUUGACACUCUUGCAAAAGCAUUGAAUCCUGGAGAGAGCACAGCCUGUCAGAGCUCAGUAGAGGGCAUGGAAGGAAACGUACACCUAAUUGCUGGAGACUCGAGCAUAAAUUACAUCGAAAAAGAGGGGCCACUUCUCAGCGAUUCACAUGUAGCUUUCAGGCUCACCAUGCCUUCUCCUAUGCCUGAGUACCUGAAUGUGCACUACAUUGGGGAGUCUGCCUCCAGACUGCUCUUCUUAUCAAUGCACUGGGCACUUUCGAUUCCUUCCUUCCAGGCUUUAGGGCAAGAAAACAGCAUAUCAUUGGUGAAAGCUUAUUGGAAUGAACUUUUUACUCUUGGUCUUGCCCAGUGCUGGCAAGUAAUGAAUGUGGCAACUAUAUUAGCAACAUUUGUCAAUUGUCUUCACAGUAGCCUUCAACAAGAUAAAAUGUCAACAGAAAGAAGAAAAUUAUUGAUGGAGCAUAUCUUCAAACUACAGGAGUUUUGUAAUAGCAUGGUUAAACUCUGCAUUGAUGGAUAUGAAUAUGCCUACCUGAAGGCAAUAGUACUCUUCAGUCCAGAUCAUCCAGGCCUCGAAAACAUGGAACAGAUUGAGAAAUUUCAGGAAAAGGCUUAUGUGGAAUUUCAAGAUUAUAUAACAAAAACAUAUCCAGAUGACACUUACAGAUUGUCCAGACUGCUACUCAGAUUGCCAGCUUUGAGGCUGAUGAAUGCUACCAUCACUGAAGAACUGUUUUUCAAAGGUCUCAUUGGCAAUGUACGAAUUGACAGUGUCAUCCCACAUAUUUUAAAAAUGGAACCUGCAGAUUAUAACUCACAAAUAAUUGGUCACAGCAUUUGAAAGCCGAGAGCUCAGUGUAAACUUCUUGUUCUUUCUCAGAGUACAAGAAGACACCAAAUUGAACUCUUUGCUUCCAGGGCGUCUGGAAAUUUUAACUUUAAGGAAUAACCAAAAACCAAGUUAUUUUUAUUUUAACUUCCUUAAGAAUUUUCAAAGUGACUGGGCAGGUAGCAGGAAUUAGAAUUUCCCUUCCUGUCUUAUUUAAGUGAAUAAGAAAUACUAUGAAUUUAUUCUUGGUUAAGAUGACACCUAACGCUGUCACCUCUUAACUAUCUAAAGAUCUCUCAUAUCUUACUUCAUUUUGUAAAACAAAUAAAUUAGUCUUUUUUUCCAGAAUUGUGUUUUAUUCAUGUUUAACUUUGUUAUGAACUAGUUAGAUGAACACUUAAUCGUCAGAAAUCUCUGAGGAUGUCCUUGUAUUUUACUCUUCUAAAUAUCUGUUUUAAUUACUAUGUCAAAGAAGAUUAUUUUAUGCUCAGUGGUAUAAUGAUAACAUUAGAACCAGAGCAAAUAAUAAUUGAGUAUAUAUAUUUUUUGUCUUUUGUAAAUAUCAUGGCACCCUUAGCAUAUACCACUCUCAUUGCUGGCAAUGAGACAUAGGUCAUUUGUGAUCUUAAGAGUUCACUUUUUAGUCUUAUCUAUUAGCUAUAAGCACUUCUUAUUUAUAUAUGUAGCAGAAAAUUGUUUUUGAGAAUAAGAUAGGGCUCAUUUUAAUAGUUUUGGUUUACUGCUAUGUUUUAAAAGGAGUGGAGACUGAGCCCAAAAUGUUUCAGUAUUGCAAAAUAGAUAUUAAAAGUUUGCUCUCCCAUUCCACAAAAGCAUCUGUCCUCGCCCUCUUUUCUGAUCUGAAUUAUAGCUUCCUGAUCCUUCCAUGGUUUUAGCCACUUUCUUUCGCAUCAUUAGAAAUACACAAUUCGUUAAAUAAUGGAUUUAUCAUAGCCAAUCUUUGUUUUCAAGAUGACUGAAAUAAUUUUUGAAAACAGUUGAUAAUUUUUAAAAAAUAAGAAAUUUUAAUACAUGGAGGAAUAUGCACCGAUUUUUCACUUCAAAGAGGAAAGGUCUAUUUUAACAUGAGCAUCAGCCUGAAGCCAUGUUAUUGCCACAACAAAAGCAUUUUAGACUCCUUGGAUGUCUUCCACAAUAAUGUUUUCCUUAGCAAACCUGAUACUGUUAAAUAUUUCUUUGCUCUGAUUUCAUGAUAAAUUAUUUUGAUAUGUCUAUUUGUUGAUUAAAAAAAAACAAAUAUCGAGAUUUCAUUGCACUCAGUACAUUUUUUUAUAAAGAUUUUUGCAAUAGAAGAGUUGAAUUUUGGGGGAGCCUGUGGAUUUUACUAAUUACUACUUUAUAGUAAAGUUUAAUAAAAGUAUUAACUUACA